AUGGCUCCGCCUGCUCCUUUCGACUAUAGCGGGCUCGAGUUCACGGAACCUGCCGAGCAGAUAAAAGCUUUCAACAUGAAGGCUGUCCCUCAACGUAUUUUCGAAGAUAUGCGGAAAUAUGAGGCUGCGGCUCGAGGAUUUGCUUUUACUUGUUUUGAAAAGCCCCGUGGAAGCGAUAAUACCGCAAAUAAUGCAAUCAUUCAACAUCGUCCUGAAGAUUCCCAAGUAGCAGAGCUUUACCGUAUCUCGCUGGAUCCUCAAGUCAAUAGCAUGGAGCGAAUUACUCAUUUUGACUUCAAAGGCGGCAGAAUCAUUGGCUCCUUCCAUCCCAUUGUCGGAGAAGACUGGCGUGGAGUCUGGAGGUCUGGGGGACAUGUAUUCACCAUGGACCUCAACGGGAACGAGUAUUUCCAGCUCUGGCGCUACUGGGAGGACGGUGACACCCCGCUUCCGGCGAUCGAUGGCGAGCUACAAAAUUCCCCCGGUGGUCGUAUCGAGCGUUUAACGCACGACGAAAAUAAAUAUCUCAACAUUGUUAUAUCAGACUCGCAAAAAAUCAUGGCAUUUGUUUCCAACAAAGAGAACGGAACCGACCUUCUCGUAUACAUCUCGCAAAUGACUGACUCUGAUACUGGCGCCACAGCAGACUCUAAUCCGCUUACUUUACCUUCGCGACUGGUGACCCCGUUACCCGAGAAUGGUCAUUCCCGAUGGAGCAUCGAGUCAAUUUCAAUCGAUGACGAGUAUCUCGUCCUGAUUGACGUGCAAACCUCAGCAUUCCGACCGCUUUUCAUCGUUCCUACCUCAGGCGGCCAUCCUGAACGAAUCUUACUCCCAAAUGCUACAGAAAGUGAAGCAGAAACCGCGUUUGCAUCCGCGUCCUUCUCUCGUGAUCCCAACCAACCACAUUUACUCUACUUGGUCGGUGACGCGUUUGGUGCUUUUCAGUCUAUCUGUACCUAUGACAUCAAAACUCGUUCAGUCAUACACAUAACGACGCCUCAGCAUGAUCUUCGGUCCCUCCGUCCGAUUGACUGGGAUUGCUCGCGUUUAGCAGUCAACUCCGAAUGCGUUUACUUUCAAGCCAACGUUGAUGGCUAUGCUGCUCUUUUCAUCUGGCAGUUGCAUGGUCCCCUCAAGGGCAAGGUUGUGCAAAUCAAACCGCAGUGGGAGGGUGGCCAGUUCACCGUCCACACCAACGCCAGGAACGGCAAACCUUAUGAGUUAAUAGUAACUCUACGAUCCCAUCUAUCCCAGAAUCGCCUUGCGCGUAUGGACCUCGACGGUUAUAUCAUUCCCGAAAAUGUCAAAACAGACGAAAAUGGCGGUUCGUACAUUCCCGUGCCCGUCUUUCCUUACAAACAAGCCACGCCCGUUCCGCCUUCCUACCCAACCUUCCCAUCGAAAAUUAUCCGGUUCAAGAGCUUUGAUGGGUUGGAAAUUCCCUGCAUGUAUUAUCAUCCUACGGACGGGAAGACCAUGGCACCACUCGUCGUCGACAUCCAUGGUGGCCCAGAAUCUCAAUCCGACUCGAAUAGGCGGUCGCCUAUCCAUUGGUACCUUAUGAACGAGCUUGGGUGCGCUGUAAUCCUUCCCAAUGUUCGAGGUAGUCGCGGGUAUGGCAAACACUUUAUGGCGGCCGACAGUGUCGAAAAGCGGGAAGAUUCAGUCAAGGACAUCGGCGCGUUGCUCGAUCAUGUCGAGACCUCUAUGGCAAACGAGCUUGAUUCAAAGAGGAUUGCGGUGAUGGGAGGUUCAUAUGGCGGGUAUAUGACCCUUGCUACCCUCAUCCACUUUCCCACUCGAUUUGCCUGCGGAGUAGCGAACUUCCCUGUGGCUCACUGGCCCUCGUUUUUGGAAAAGACAGCGCCCAGUCGCGCGAAUCACCGACGCGGAAAAUACGGUGACGAACGCAUCCCGGAAAUCCGUGCAUUUUUAGAGCGCAUAUCACCCAUCAACCGCGCUUCGGAAAUUGCUGCCCCCCUGCAAAUUGCGCAUGGAGACUCCGACAGCCGUAUUCCCGUUGACCAGGCUGUCCGCAUGUGGCAAACAGUGACAAAGAGUAGGGUCCAUAGCGAGCUGAUGGUCUGUGCUAAGGAGGGACAUGGAUUUAAACAGCGAAGUGUUAUUGAGUUUACGAAUGCUGCUAAGCUUCACUUCCUUGAGCGUUACCUUGUCUCACCACGCAAUGCUGGUCUUUAG